UGUGUAUAAUUCUUAUUCGGGUGAGUAGUAGUGAGGGCUUAUUCUUCUUCCUAGUUUAGGUUUUUGGCCAACCACGGGAGCACUCUGUCUUCGCUGGCUUUUCAUACGCUUCGACACAAGCUAAUUCUGCCCAACUCUACGGGUUAUGCCAUUUGCUGCGCUAUAUUGAAUCGAAGUUUCUGUCAGAUUUCAGAUAUGGCGGCGGAAGGUGGGAAAAGCUUUGCUAGGAGAGACCGUCUUUUAGAAAUUGAAGCACAGGUUCGGAAUUGGUGGGAAGAUGCACAGGUUUUCAGGGCUGAAGCUGGUGAUAAGCCACCUAAGCCAGAUGAAAAGUUCUAUGGAAAUUUCCCUUUCCCAUAUAUGAAUGGUUUUUUGCAUAUUGGACAUGCAUUUUCUCUCUCAAAGUUAGAGUUUGCUUCAGCUUUUCAUAGAUUAAGAGGUGCCAAUGUGCUGUUUCCUUUUGGUUUCCAUUGUACGGGUAUGCCCAUCAAGGCCUCAGCUGAUAAACUUGCACGUGAGAUCCAACAGUUCGGGAAUCCGCCCAAUUUUUCAAAUGUUGUGGAACAAGUAGCCGAGGAGGCAGAAGCUGAGGAUGCAAAUGAUGGUGCACCUCCAGAAAAGUUCAAAGGCAAGAAGUCCAAGGCUGUGUCGAAAGCAGGGGGACAAGUCUAUCAGUGGGAGAUUAUGCGUAGCUUUGGUCUCUCCGACAGUCAGAUACCGGAAUUCCAGGAUCCAUAUAAGUGGUUGGAGUUCUUUCCUCCAUUGGCAAUGGAAGACCUUAAGGCUCUUGGCAUGGGUGUUGAUUGGAGGCGUUCCUUUGUUACAACGGAUAAAAACCCCUUUUUUGAUGUCUUUGUUAGGUGGCAGAUGAGGAAAUUGAAGGCCAUGGGAAAGAUUGUAAAAGAUCUAAGGUACACAAUUUAUUCUCCAUUGGAUGGGCAGCCAUGUGCUGAUCAUGAUAGGGCAUCCGGUGAAGGAGUUCAACCCCAAGAAUACACCAUUAUCAAGAUGGAGGUGCUGAAACCUUUUCCUCCUCAAUUGGGUGUGUUGGAGGGGAAAAGUGUGUUUCUGGCUUCGGCAACGUUGAGACCUGAGACCAUGUAUGGGCAAACAAAUGCAUGGGUAUUGCCCGACGGGAAGUAUGGAGCAUUUGAAAUUAAUGAUACAGAAGUACUUAUUCUCACAAAAAGAGCAGCUCUUAACCUUGCUUAUCAAAGAUACUCUAGGGUCCCUGAGAAACCAACUUGCUUGGUUGAGCUGACUGGUUUGGACUUGAUUGGCCUUAAGUUGAAGUCUCCACUUGCAUUCAAUGAGGUCAUUUAUGCUCUUCCCAUGCUGACCAUCCUGACAGACAAAGGUACUGGAAUUGUUACCAGUGUUCCUAGCGAUGCUCCUGAUGAUUAUAUGGCUUUGCAUGAUUUGAAAUCAAAGCCAGCUCUUAGAGCGAAGUAUGGUGUGAAGGAUGAAUGGGUCUUGCCAUUUGAGAUUGUACCUAUCAUCAAUAUUCCAGAAUUCGGAGAUAAGGCUGCAGAAAAAGUUUGCUUGGAUCUGAAGAUCAAAAGUCAGAACGAAAAGGAUAAGUUGGCAGAAGCCAAGAGGUUGACAUACUUGAGAGGAUUUACUGAAGGAACAAUGCUUGUUGGGGAAUUUGCAGGACGGAAAGUCCAGGAGGCAAAGCCCCUGUUAAGGAAUAAACUUAUAGAAACAGGUGAAGCAAUCAUUUAUAGCGAACCAGAGAAGAGGGUGAUGUCCCGAUCUGGUGAUGAAUGUGUUGUUGCUCUAACAGAUCAAUGGUACAUCACAUAUGGUGAGUCAGAAUGGAAGAAGCUAGCUGAGGAAUGCCUUUCCAACAUGAAUUUGUAUUUUGAUGAGACACGACAUGGAUUUGAGCAUACUUUGAGUUGGCUUAACCAGUGGGCAUGCUCACGUUCAUUUGGGCUUGGAACACGAAUCCCUUGGGAUGAACAAUUCUUAGUUGAGUCAUUAUCUGAUUCGACUAUUUACAUGGCUUACUACACCAUUGCUCACUUUCUACAUAACGAAGACAUGUACGGAACCAGUAGAUCUCCAAUUACACCUGAGCAAAUGACUGAUGAGGUUUGGGACUUUUUGUUUUGUGGUGGCCCAUAUCCAAAAUCAUCUGAUAUACCUUCAUCACUUCUUAGUAAGAUGAAGCAGGAGUUUGAGUACUGGUAUCCAUUUGAUAUCCGAGUUUCUGGAAAAGAUUUAAUCCAAAAUCAUUUGACUUUCUGCAUUUAUAACCACACAGCAAUUAUGCAGAAGCAACACUGGCCUCGUGGCUUUAGAGCCAAUGGACACAUAAUGCUGAAUUCGGAAAAGAUGUCCAAGUCUACUGGAAAUUUUAGAACACUCCGCCAGGCAAUUGAGGAAUUUUCUGCUGAUGCUACACGUUUCUCUUUGGCUGAUGCUGGUGAUGGUGUUGAUGAUGCAAAUUUUGUAUUUGAGACUGCAAAUGCUGCCAUCCUACGGCUGACAAAAGAAAUCUCAUGGAUGGAAGAAGUUCUGGCUGCAGACUCUUCUUUGAGAUCAGGCCCCCCAUCUACUUAUGCUGACCGUGUCUUUGCAAAUGAGAUAAAUAUUGCUGUGACAACGACUGAACAGCAUUACCGCAAUUAUAUGUUCCGGGAAGCUCUUAAGACUGGGUUUUAUGAUCUUCAAGCUGCCAGGGAUGAGUAUAGAUUUUCUUGUGGUGCUGGGGGAAUGAACCGUGAAUUAGUAUGGCGUUUUAUGGAUUUGCAGACUCGCCUCAUUACUCCAAUUUGCCCUCACUAUGCUGAAUAUGUUUGGAAGGAACUUUUAAAGAAGGAAGGAUUUGUGAUUACUGCUGGUUGGCCUGUGGCUGAGGUUCCAGAUUUAACCUUGAAGACUGCCAAUAAGUACUUGCAAGACUCUAUAGUAUUAAUGAGAAAGCUGCUUCAAAAGCAAAUUUCAGGUUCAAAGAAAGGCAAUAAGAAGGGUGUGCCUGUAACGACGUGUACUGAAGACAACAAUCUAGUUGGUUUGAUCUACGUCAACGAACAAUUUGAUGGAUGGAAAGCAGAGUGCUUGAAAAUGCUUAGAGACAGAUUCGACAACAGCACACGUACUUUUACUUCAAAUGAGGACGGGCUGAUAUUAGAAGCUAUCCAAAAUAGCCCUGUACGCCCAAAUGACAAUUUUAAAUUAACCCAGAAGGUUUGUAUGCCUUUCAUGAGGUUCAAGAAGGAUGAGGCAAUUGCACUAGGGGCUCAGGCCUUAGAGUUGAAGCUUCCAUUCGGAGAGAUAGAAGUGCUUCGGGAGAACUUGGACUUGAUCAAAAGACAAAUUGGUCUUGAGGAUGUAGAAGUUUUGUCAAUCACUGAUCCUGAUGCGCUUGCAAAAGCUGGGUCUCUUGUUAGACUGAUUCACCAGAAUCCUCCGUCCCCCGGAAACCUAACUGCCAUAUUUUUGCCAAGGUGUUAAGAAGCUGAUGAUGAUGAUGAUGAUGUUGAAUGAGUUGCAUCUAGAACUGCAAAUAAGGCUAAACAAGUAUAUGUGAUAUCUGAUAAAGCUUCUUUGAUGAUGGUGGGAGAAAUGUUGGUAUAAAGUGAAGCAAAGCAAAUUACAAUUUUUCAUACGAAACAACUUGUGAUCUUUUAGAAAAAGAAAUGUUGGACUAGUCUUUAUUUUAUUUAUUAAUCUGAGCAUUUCUUUUUGGCUGUAUCCGCUAAGAGAAAUUUGAACAUUGUUUUCUUCUUUGUUGGGUUCUAAGUAUCAAACCAUAAAUUGUCCAUGUUUAUUUUGUAACUUCAAUAUCUUGAACCU